ACACUAACACACACUAACACACACACACCUACGCUUCACUUCACAAAUUAACAUACCCAGCAGGUGAUUUAGAAGAAGGCUGCUGGUCACAGGAUUUCAGAGUAAUGUUGAUCUGUUGAGAACAAAUGGAAAGCGUGUGAUGGAGCUGAUAUGAUGUUUGUUCUGAGGCUGCUCAGAUAAGGUGUGGUACUGAGCUGUCCCCUGCAGGUGUGCAGGCAGCGGAGGACACGGACCCGACACCACCUGCUGCUACAGAGGAGAAGCCAGGGACACCAGAAGAAGAUGAACUGGGGUUUUCUGGAGAGCGUCCUGAGUGGGGUGAACAAGUACUCCACUGUGAUUGGCCGCAUCUGGCUCUCUGUGGUCUUUCUCUUCAGGAUCUUGGUGUACGUGGCGGCGGCCGAGCAGGUGUGGAAGGACGAACAGAAGGACUUUGUGUGCAACACGCAGCAGCCCGGCUGUGAGAACGCCUGCUUCGACCACUUCUUCCCCAUCUCCCAGGUGCGUCUCUGGGCUCUGCAGCUCAUCAUGGUGUCCACCCCGUCCCUGCUGGUGGCCCUGCAUGUGGCCUACAGGGAGCACCGCGAGGCCAAGCUCAAGCGAAAACUGUACCAGGACAAAGGGAGCAUCGACGGAGGUCUUUUCUGCACCUACACCGUCAGCCUGGUCUUCAAGACGGCCUUCGAGGUGGGCUCCCUGCUCGCUUUCUACUUCCUAUACAACGGCUUUGAGGUGCCCAUACUGCUGCAGUGCAGUGAGAGUCCGUGCCCCAACACGGUGGACUGUUUCAUUGGCAAAGCCACGGAGAAGAAGAUCUUCCUCUACAUCAUGGGCUGCACCUCCAUCCUGUGCAUCGCUCUGAACUUCGUGGAGCUCAUGUACAUUGUGUGGAAGCAGCUGUGGAAGUUAUUCAGCAAGCGGUACAUCCCUGUGAACCAGAAGCCUCCCAGUCACACCAAGCCACCUGGUUCCAUUGUCAACAGGUUCGCCACAGCUGAGCCCACAGCAAACACAGAGAUCAGCAUCACAGAGCCUGAAUCUGCAGCUGCACCCACCACUGAAAACCUGCCCGUCCAGUCCUGAAGGGCUGAGACUGACCCACAGCUCCUGUUCCCAUCAUAGUGAAACCACAGGGAAACUUUUGUUCACCUGAACUAAUAUGGAUGCUGGUCACAAGUGUCUCUUUUUACAACCUGGACUAUUAAUAAGGCAGCUGAAUAGAUUUAAUGGUACAGUUGGGUGUAAACUGAGAAAAGAAGCUGUUGUAUUACUUCUUAGGGUGAACAAACACUACUUACAGAUAUUGAUAUGGAUGAAAUAUAUGUUUUACUUUAACAGAUGUUUGGAUUAGGAGUCAGUAUGGCUGUUAAUGAUGAUUUUCACAUGGCUCUAGUUAAACUAGAACCAGCUGCAACUCAACCUCUUGCCUUUUCUCCAAUUUUACACUCACAGUGAGCAGCACGAUUUAGCACAUAAAAUGACUUUUAUAGAGUCCUCAGGUGCGAAGUGUGAAAAAAGGGAGAGUAGGAAAGUCGGAAAUGCAUGUACAGCUUUUGAGGGAUUUAGACCUUAUUAGAGCACAAUGUUGCUGUCAAAACUCAAAGGACAGUUUUUCUUCUGUCUUCGUUGUAACUGGUUUCUAUGAGAGGCUCAGCUGAUUUCUACUGAUAUUGUCUGAAGUAAUAUUUAGCACUGGUUAUUAUGUAUGUAAGAUGCAUAGGAAAUCUAUUUUUAAAAUCCAAUGAGCAUGAUAGGAUUAGUUAAUUGCAUAUUAGCUAAUCAAUAAAGAUUUAUAGGUGCAGCUUGUCUAGAAUUAUAACACUGCUUUUCAUUUUACAUCAUUUAUAUUCAUGCAAUAGCAGCUUAUGAACAUGUCAAGUGCAAUAAUAAAUUAAUAUAUAGAUAUAAA